UCUAGUUCUCUCGCCUUCUUUAAAGCUUUGUGUCGCUACUCAGACAUUGAGAUUGCAGAGAUAGGAAAAGAGAGAUCCCUAUAAAGUGUGGUGUUGCCAGAGUGCUUUCUUGAUCUGUUUCAAAAAUUGCGGAGGAAAGUCUGAGACUUUUGUGCCUUUAGUUUGGCUAAGCUUCACACUAUAAGUUGGUUGCAAGUAGACCUGGAAUUCAAGUAAUCUGAAGAAGCCUCACAUGUCCUAGAUUAAGUUGUCAUGGGGCACAAUUGAGAUGUCAGGACGAAAACAACAGGAUGUUGUUCUGUCCUCAGUUCAGCAUUUCGGCGGCAUUGAUGCUUUUCAUGGUAGCCUGUUGUCAUGUUAAUAGAUGUGUUUUAAGGAGAAGCUGCUAGGUUUCAGCUCAUUAAUUAUUCUACAAGAGCCUAAAAUAUUUGCUUCAUCAGGAUCAUCGUGGGGUAUAUGUGUUUUUACUUGUUCCUGACUAUUUCUAUCUUCUGAAGACAAGGGAUCUGGUUAUGGUUUUACAAUGCCUACAUUUUGAAGAUCGUUAACCAUAGAAAUCACAUAUGUGCAAUUGGAUGACUGUGAAGGGAUGCCAUAAAGCAUCCUUGCUAUGGAAUUACUUGAGCAUUGGCAUAGUUGCUUGAGGUUAAUUGAUUUAACUACCAUGAUAGUUGUCUGAGGCUUCUCCAGUUAGCUAGAAGCUUAUAAUCAAGUUUUUUCACAGGGCUGCUUGUUAUCAGUUCGCUUGAGAACUCAAUCUCUAGCAUGACAUCUGUGACUGUCAGUGCCAAUCAGAUGUUGGGGAUUCUUCUUCAGCGACUCCCAACUGUUGGUCCUGUGAUUUUGCUGUCAAUGGGAUACAUUGACCCAGGAAAGUGGGCUGCAGCUGUUGAUGGAGGUGCCCGUUUUGGUUUUGACCUUUCAGUGCUUAUGCUUUUAUUCAAUUUUGCUGCAAUUCUUUGCCAGUACCUGGCCGCUCGUAUUGGUGUAGUGACUGGAAAGAAUCUUGCGCAGAUUUAUAGCGAGGAGUACAAUAAGUCCACAUGCAUAUUAUUAGGGGUUCAAGCAGAGCUUUCAGUGAUUUCUUCAGACCUGACCAUGAUUCUGGGCACGGCACAUGGACUUAAUCUUCUCUUUGGAAUGGACCUACUCACUUGUGUCUUUUUGGCUGCAACUGAUGCUGUUCUGUUUCCUCUUUUUACUAACCUCUGGCAGAAACACUCCCAUGUUGCGUCUAUGAGCAUAAUGGCUUUUCUCUUGCUGUCUUAUGUUCUUGGAGUGGUUAUCAGUCAACCUGACAUCUCGGUUGCAAUGAAUGGGGUGCUGACAAGAUUAAGUGGGGAGAGUGUAUUCUCGCUUAUGAGCCUUCUCGGGGCAACUAUUGUGCCUCACAAUUUUUAUGUCCACUCUUCUAUUGUACAGGUUGUUAUAACCACAUGUCUCAAAGUCACUAUGUGCUCAUGGGCAUCAUAA